UCCCCGGCCGGGCCCUGCCUUCUGGACUGUAUAAACCGGCCCCGGGACCGACCGUUCCGGAAACGUCAUCGUGAGUCACGGCGGGCCUUGAAUGUGUGCGCGUGGGUGGAGCCGGCACACCUCGAGGCAGGGCACUCUCCCUCCCGACGCCGUCGGUGGCAGUUUCUUCCCGGAAGUCGAGAGAGGGCGGAGCGGCCGUUUGGCACCUACCCGGUCAUCCCACGGACGGACCGACGGACCCUCGCUUUACUCUCUUUUUAAUGGAAACGCCGCCCGGACGGGGGUCCGGCCCGCCCGCCCCGCCCCCGCAGGCCCGGCGGCGGGACGGCCCCCGGGGUCUGUGCACCGAGCCGCGGGAGCCGGCCGGCGGCCCCCGCCGCCCACCAGAAACGUACAGGGUGCCGCUCCACAAGCCACCUCCUGGGAGAAGAAGGUCCUCGUCUGGUCCGGCCGCUUCAAGAAGGAGGACGAGAUCCCGGAGGCCAUCACGUUCGAGAUGCUGGACGCGGCCAAGAACAAGUUCCGGGUGAAGAUCAGCUACGCCAUGAUGGCCCUGACGGUGAUGGGCUGCGUGCUCAUGAUCAUCAAGGGCAAGCAGGCCGCCCGCAGACACGAGUCCCUCACCAGCAUGAACCUGGAGAAGAAGGCCCGUCUGCGGGAGGAGGCGGCGGCUCUCCAGGACCACAAGUAGGGCCGCUUCAGUCCCCCCCCCCGGGGGGAACGGUGGGGCCGCCGCCACCGUCCUCCUCCUCCUCCUCACCGGCCCUCCCCCCGUCGUGCCUUUCCUUCCGCCGGAGGGGCGGGGAGAGACCAGGGGUCGGCGCCUCGCCCGGCCGGCCGCCGCCUCCGGGCGCCCUAGGCCCGCCCCGCGUCCCUCCCGCGCUUCUCGGCGAGGGCGGGAGACGGGGGUCCGGCAGCCGGGGAAGGGGACCGACCCCCGGCCAAGAGGCGAAGAGGGGCGUCGGGUCCGGCCCCCGCCCUGCCUUCCCCGGGCGGCGCCGCCGCCGCCGUCUCUCUCCGGGCCCGGAGAGCUUUUAGUAGCCAGUCCCGUCGCCGAUGCUGUCCGCGCCAUUAAAAGUGCCAGCCUGAA